UGAACUGAAUCAGAACCCUGAGAUCAUAGCACUCUCAUCCAUGGAAGAUAGAUCACCUGCUGAGGUACUGAAAUUGGGAUUACUUAUGUGACUCUCAUAUCCGGCCCGUGUGGCCGAGGCCCAAACUCUUAAGCCCAGCCCGCCCGAUUUGUUAAAGAAAAAGCACCAAAACGGUGCGUUUUGUAUCCUAAGCCCUUCCCCCCUUCUUCCCCACGGCCCCCCGAGUCCCGAUACCCUCUCUCUCUCUCUUCUCUGUAUUUUUUGUUCCGCCCCACGGCGUUCUCGUCCUCUCCGUCGGGAAGCGCCUCCACCCCCACUUCCGACUCUGCUCGCAAAGCCGGUAAGUACCCCGGUUCCAUCUCCCCUAUCUCGCUCUCCCCGUCCGUCUCUCUCGUAUCUCGGCUCUCUCUCUCUCUACCUACCUCUCACGCAACAAAUACUCUUAGAUAUUAUUUGGUGGUUGAAAGGGUUGGGUGGUGUGAAUUGUGGCGAAAGUAUAAGUCAUCAUUAGAUGGGAGAUACUGAGGAUGGUAUUAAGCUGAAGAAAACAGUUUUCGUCACAGUUGGAACGACUUGUUUUGAUGCUCUUGUUAGAGCAGUGGAUACUCCGGAAGUUAAAGAUGAGUUGCUGAAAAGAGGAUAUACCCAUCUUAUCAUUCAAAUGGGUCGGGGAUCAUACACACCCACAAAGUCUGGAGGAGACGAUGGGUCUCUGGCUGUAGACUUCUUCACUUUCUCAUCAAGCAUCGCAGAUCAUCUGAGAUCAGCAUCUCUAGUGAUCAGUCAUGCGGGGUCAGGAAGCAUAUUUGAGACAUUGCGACUUGGGAAGCCUUUAAUUGUGGUGGUGAAUGAAGAUUUGAUGGACAAUCAUCAAAGUGAAUUAGCAGAAGAACUCGCAGAGAGGAAGCACUUAUACUGUGCCCGUCCUCAAACACUUAAUCAGACCAUAGCGGCUAUGAAUUUGGAGUCUCUACUUCCAUAUCCUUCAGGGAAUGCCAUACCAGUCGCUAAGCUUAUUAAUCAAUUUCUAGGUUUCCCAGAUGAUAAAUGAAACUAUAGAUCUUUAAUUCUUCAAUAGAAUUGUUUUCUGAUAGGUAAUUCUUCAAUAGAAUUUAUACCUUAAUCUUGGGGUACUCGUUGGCGUAUAUGAUUGAGUUGUAUCUUUCCAUGAUGCAUAAGCUUUUGUUCGGGUCUUGUCUCAUCAUCCCGUUGAAAUUGAUUUAGUUUUUGAUUUUUCCUAGAAUAUUUUGUAUGAAAUGUAUGUAAUUUCUGGAAGUGCCGGAAACAAAGCAUAAAGCAAAACAUUUGUGCACUCUUCACUAUCUGAUUUUGAAGUUAAAUUGGUAGCA